AUGCGCGCCUACACUACUGCUUAUGUUGAAUCAUGCACACACUGUCGAGCGUCAAAGUCCCUUAACAAGAAACCUGCAGGCCUUCUUCAGCAGCUACUCAUCCCUUCUCGCCGGUGGGCAGACGUGAGUCUUGACUUUACCACAGACCUUCCCCUUAAAACGACAGGGCACGACUCGAUUCUCGUGAUGGUCGGCUCCCUCAGCAAGAUGGCUCAUUUCGUUUCUGCAAAGAGGUCAAUCACAGCAGCAGACACCGUGGAGCUUCUCGCAGACCGCGAUCACGGUUUUCCAGAGGUGCUCAUAUCGGACCGCGAUCCCCGCUUUCAGUCGGAUCUCUGGCAACAACUCUGUAGCCGCUUUAACAUCAAACGGUGCAUGUCCUCGUCCUACCAUCCCCAAAGCGACGGCCAAACUAAACGGGUUAACCGCACACUCGAGCACAUGCUCCGUACCUCCAUCCAAUCUGACGAACGCGAGUGGGAGCGUUUGCUUCCGGCCUUGGAACUUGCUCACAACACAACAAGUCAUUCAGCCACCGAGCUCUCUCCCUUCGGGGUCAUUAUUGGCGAGAAUCCGUUGACUUCUGCGAAUCUUGAUAUCGUAGGAGCGUUAGCCCCUACGCUCACUCCUCCAAUGACUGAGCUCUUCCGGCAGCUCUGCGACAGAGCGCAGAGCCAGAUACAGAAGGCAAAAUGGCAACAGAAAUAUUACGCAGACACAAAGCGCCAAGCUAUGGAGUAUGCAGUGGGCGACAAGGUUUGGCUCAGCAGCAAGCAUCUACCGGCUUCAUCUAGCUGUCCUAAGUUCGAGCCCCGUUACCGAGGACCCUUUAAAAUCAUUGAACGAAUAGGCACCGUCGCUUGCUGUCUUGCUUUACCCCCUACUUAUGAAUACCACAACGUUUUUCAUGUUCCGGAGCUAGUUCCCCAUCGCCCCCGCCCUCCAGACUUGGUUCCCCAGGAAGCUGAUACCGCCUGGCCCCCUAUCCUCGAUGAAGCAGGCAAUCCAACAGAGGAGUAUGGGGCGAUUAUACUAUGGACCAACGCGGCUCAGGUGCCUACGCCCAGUACCUCGUCAAGUGGAGCGGCACCCCCGAAGAUCAAGCCAUCUGGGAGCCCGCUAACCACCUAUCAGGAUGUCAGGCUUUGCUUCGCGCUUGGCGCCGCCGCCAACGAAGACGUCUUCAGGCUCGAAACAAUCUUGGUCCUUCCGAGGCGUAGCGGUGUGGGUCCGUCAACUUCCGCCACACGGCGGUCUUCAAUAACGAGGGGGGUGAGGAAGCGCUGCGUACCGCAUGCGCUCACGGCAUUAGCUUCAGAAGGGAAUGAAGACUGA